AUGCAAGCCACGCGGGCGCCCGUGUCCAGCGUGUUCGCGGACUGCAGCAUCCCGGCGGGCCUGCGCAUGGGGCCCGUUCCCGGCGCCUUCAGGUUGGGGAAGCACAUGUCGGACCGUAAGGAGCUCGGCCUCAAGAAGAAGAUUCGUUUACUGAGAGGCGAGUUCGUGGACGAAUCGGGAUGCUCAGUGCCGGACUGGAUCGGCUUAAUCCGUGCUGCCCGAAACGGCCAGGAGCAGAACCUGGAGGCCGUGUCGGACUCACCUGGGGGACAGAUCUUCUAUCGGGUUCUAAGAGACGUACAGCAAGGAGAGGAGCUGAGUGUGUGGUACUCCAGCACCCUAGCCCAGUGGUUCGACAUGCCCACCACGGCCACUCCGACCCACGACGAGAAAGGUGAGGAACGUUAUAUAUGCUGGUACUGCUGGAGGAUAUUCAAGUACCCGAACACCCUGAAGGCGCACGUGCACUUCCACUGCGCUGCGAGCACCGGGCGCGGCUUCCUGACCAACGAGCCGGGCAGGAUCGCCGAGAACUUCUCCAGGUCUCCCAAGUCUGGCGACCUUGCCAACACGCCAGCGUCUCCACGGAGCGGCCACGGCGCGUCCAGCUCGGAGGCCCUCAAACGGACCGUGUCUUCCUCCCCGUUUCUCGGCAAGGCCGGGACACCGAAGAAGUCCAGCAUGGAGGAGCAGGACCGGGCGCUCGACAUGAGCGUGACGUCCACGAGGAACCAUCUUUUUGGACUGCGCGGGGCGUCCUCCGCCCUCACCGUGGGCUUCCACCCCGGAGUGCGCUCUGCGUUCAAACCGGCCGGGCUGUCAAAGGUGAGCGCGGGGGAGGCGUCGCGAGACGAGCCCAGCGUGAAGCCGAGCGUGGCCUUCGGAAAAUUCCUAGGGGGCAUCAAGCCCCCGCGCUCCGUUAGCGAGCCCCUGACGGGUGGCACAUCUUCCAAGUGCGUGCACCCCAUAGACCCCACCUCACCCGUGGUGCCCUGCACCAACGCCAUCCGGGGCUUUCCGUUGCUGCCCCCUUUCGAGGAGCCCUCCGCGUUCAAGCACCUGGAGAGCCGCGCGCACCCGGCGCUGUCGCCUUCGCGCUACCCGCACAUCCCGUCCGGGUUCCACGUGGAGCGCUUCUCGCUGCCGCAGUUCGAGGGCGCCAAGCCGUAUGGCGCAGACUGCAACAUCCCGCUGGUGCCGCUCACGGUCUACAACGGAGAGCUGCUGUACAGCCCGCCCUACUACCCGCUCAAGUUCCACUUCGGCGGCCUGCUCAAGUACCCCGAGUCCGUGUCCUACUUCGGCAGCCCGGGCCUCAACCCCGACCUGGGCUCCAUCACCAACAUCGACCGCGAGAUCGCCAUGCACGCGCAGCAGCUGUCCGAGAUCUCCGCGGAGAAGAGCCGCGCGCGACUCGAGCCCAUCCCCGCUUCGGCCACGGGUUCCGGCAAGCCCAAGAAGGGCCACCUGUGCCUCUACUGCGGCAAGCUGUACUCGCGCAAGUACGGCCUCAAGAUCCACAUGCGGACUCACACGGGCUAUAAGCCGCUCAAGUGCAAGGUGUGCUUCCGGCCCUUCGGGGACCCCAGCAACCUGAACAAGCACAUCCGGCUGCACGCGGAGGGCAACACGCCGUACAGGUGCGAGUUCUGCGGCAAGGUGCUCGUGCGCCGCAGGGACUUGGAGAGACACGUCAAGUCGAGACAUCCGGGACAGACGGGCCGGAAAACGAGCGACAAGGCGGGGGACAUCUUCCACGAGCAGGAGCAGAAGAGUGACAAUGACAGCGACGUGGACGUGUGUUUCACCGACGACCAGAGCGACGCGGAGCCCAGUAAACGCGGCACGCCGUAG